UACACGUUUUUUUCUCGCGAGUUAAGGUUACGAAUUGAUUACAUACAACAGUUAAUUGAUAUUUAUCCAACAGUCUAGAUUACAAUAAGUAUUGCAAUAAGACGCACGUGUUAUUUAUUUCCUAGUGACCAGUGAUUUCUUAUAUAUUGUGUGAAGAAUUGCAUAUAUCUAUGUAGAGAAGUGCCGGAUGAUAAAAAAUUAUGUCAUUAUUUUCAUUCACUGUGGUAUUGACGUGAAUUUUUGAAUCUACUCUUAAAAAAAGUUAAAAGGAAAUGACAGUCAUAAAAGAUGAUAGCUCCGGGAAAAACAGUAAAGCUUCUUCUUUUGACUUUAAUAACAUUAGUGUCAUCAAAUAAAGGCAACGAAAACACUAGCAAAGCAGAAUAUAGCAGAGCAAGAGAGAACGUUUUAAAAGAACUGUUUAAAGACGCUGGAUACGAUCCUACAAUAUCUCCAAGUUUUAAUGAAGAUGGUCCAGUUGUAUGCCAGGUUCAGCUGUAUAUUAUGAGCAUUAAUUCAAUAAGUGAUUCCUCUAUGGAUUAUUCUAUGAGUAUGUUUAUCCGACAACAAUGGAACGACAGUCGUUUGAUGUAUAACGAGAGUCUAGGAAUAACCCAUUUAGAACUGGAUACCAAAGUAAUGAAAAACGUAUGGGUACCAGAUUUAUUCAUUAACAACGAAAAGAAAGCCAAUAUCCACCACGUGACUGUGCCUAAUAUGUUAAUGCAUAUAUAUCCCGAUGGAAAGGUAGUUUAUAGUAUGAGAGUAACAGGCACAUUUACCUGUGAAAUGAAUCUGCUGAAAUAUCCAUUGGACACACAAAUAUGCUCAAUGGGAAUGGAAAGUUAUGGAUACAGCACAGAAAAUUUAGUAUUUGAAUGGAACGAAAGUCCUAUAUCGUACCCCCCUAACAUGUCUCUACCUCAAUUUGAAUUAGAUGGUAUAACAACGUAUAAUUGUGACAAAGAUUAUGUUGGUAUAAGUUACACAUGUCUCAAAGUGGACAUAACUCUUUCGAGGAACUAUGGCUACCAUAUUAUCCAGAUUUAUGUUCCAAGUUUCCUUAUUGUAUUUCUCUCUUGGGUUUCCUUUUGGUUAAAUAUUGACGCCAUACCGGCUCGCAUAUCAUUAGGGCUGCUGACAGUAUUGACAAUGACAACACAAAGCUCUGGUGCGCGUGCGUCAUUACCUAAAGUAUCGUAUGUGAAGGCUAUAGACGUUUGGAUGGCAAUGUGUUUACUUUUUGUGUUUGGAGCUCUAGUAGAAUUUGCUUAUGUGAAUGUUCUUGCCAGAGUUGAACGGAGAAGACAAGCAACGAUAUCGGAAAGACGAAAAGUUCAUACAGACCCCGAUGCAAAUGGUGAACCGGUGGAAUGGGAUAAGGCUCCUCGAUAUCGGUUAUUUCUAAAGAGUGUUACAGACCGAGAGAAAGCCAGAGUCGUUGAUAAAGUUGCCAGAGUGGCUUUUCCUCUCGUCUUUGUCACAUUUAAUAUUAUUUAUUGGACUGUUUAUACAUUUUGGGAACCAGUUCUUCGUGAAGGGAGCUAGUUCUUGGUUAUCUUUUAUUGACAAACCUGUGAUACCUUUUUAUACAUUAUAACACCUUGUUAUUUUUAUACACCAAUCAUUGUUACAAAAUGUAUGUAUACAUAUUUUUCAUCGAAUCCAAAACCACAACUUGUAGACGGACACUGACUUAAGAUUGAUAUAAAUUGUCUAUCUGGUCAACACGGUAUAUAAUGUACUCAUCUAAAUAAAAUAAAAAUAUUUAAAAUGUCAAAAUGUCGAUCACACACUCUUGCAAUUGUUUAUAUGCGAAUCUUACUGAAUAAUUUACUAGGGAAUUAAUCAUUCUUUUUAA